AUGGAAGUGGUCCAGCUCCAUGGGCUGCUGAUCCUCCUCCCUUUGGCAGUCCUGCUGCUUUACUGGUACAAUGCCACCUUCCGCUACUUCUGCAAACUGGCCUUCUUCAACUGCUGGAUCGUGGCCAUGGCCACCCUCCUGUCCCCCUUUGCGGCUCUUCGGGGACGCUCUGUGGAGAACAUGAAGCUCCUGCGUGCUGCGAUCCUGCCCCUCAAACACUUCUAUGGCAUCAAGAUGCAGGUGUGGGGCUCUGAGCACCUGAACAUCAAAGAGCCCUAUGUGAUAGUUUGCAACCACCAAGCUUCCCUUGACCUCAUGGGCAUGGUGGAGGUCAUUCCUGACCGCUGCGUGCCCAUCGCCAAGAAGGAGCUCAUGUACUUGGGCACCGUGGGGUGGGCCUGCUGGCUCAGUGGCAUCAUCUUCAUCGACCGCCAUAAAAGAGAAGAUGCAAUCGAUGUCAUCUCCCGGACAGCCAGGAUCAUGCGUCGUGAAAAUCUCCGAGUAUUGAUAUUCCCUGAAGGCACCAGGAACCAGAACAAAUCCAUGCUGCCCUUCAAGCGUGGGGCUUUCCACUUAGCCGUGCAGGCUCAGGUUCCCAUUUUUCCCAUGGUGAUCUCUCCAUACUGGGACUUCUUCAGCUCCAAGGAUAAGAAAUUCACCUCUGGGAUGUGCUCCAUCCGAAUCCUCCCCAAGGUAGAAACUCAGGGCCUGAGCCCAAAGGAUGUCCCUGAGCUGACAGAGACUGUCCGCCAAGCCAUGGCUGAUGCCCUCGCCGAGAUGUCUGCAAAUCACUGUGGUGACCAGUGUGCCAGGCAGCCUCCGCUCCUGCGCUGUGCUAGGACUGACUGGCGCUGUGUCUGGCCCCGACUAACAAGCCUGGAUGGCUCCCGCCUGCGCUCUGGGCACUAUGUGGUACUCUUCCCCUCCGUGCUGUACUACCCAUACACAGGCAAAGUGCACGUCCACCUCAUCGACCUGAAUGAGCCUGUGCGGGUGACCCUGCACCUGGAAAGCAGCCACGGUGUGCCCAACAUCACCCUGGACCAGCAGAGCAGUGGUAUCCUCCAGCUCAACUGGCCCCACUUCUCCAAUGUUUCUGUCCCUUCUGAAGGCAAGUACGAGGUGGCACAUCUUCACGUCUCCAUCCAGGGAAGUUUCCUGCAGAUCUCUCAGAAGAAAAAAGUACGGGUGAAAGCCCUGCAGCUGGGGACCUUGGUGCAAACAGACAAGAAUGUCUACAACCCUGGACAAACUGUGAAGUUUCGAAUUGUCCGUUUGGAUCAAAACUUCAUUCCCAGCAACAGAAAGCUUCCUUUGGUGUCCGUGCAGGAUCCCCGUGAGAACCGCGUGGCGCAGUGGCAGGAUGUGAGCCCUCGUCAGGGCAUCGUGGACCUGUCCUUCCCACUGGCUGCAGAGCCGGCCCUGGGCAUGUACACCAUCGAGGUGGAGGGGAGGAGGCACUCCUUCAGUGUGAAGAGCUACGGGCUGCCCCACUUUGAAGUGCUUAUCCGGCUGCCACAUGUCAUAAUGGGGAACGAUGAGAAGAUCCCAGUGGAUGUCUGUGGGAGGUACCCAUCUGGGAAAACUUUCCAGGGAAGGGCUGAGGCCAAGCUGUGCCACCUCCAAAAACCUAUGAUCUUCUCAGAGGCAUCUGUGGUGAUCUGUGCUAAGUUUAGGGGCCAGACAGGAAGGAAUGGCUGCUUCUCUACUGAGGUGCCGCUGUCUUCCUUCAACCUGACCAGUUUCCACUACAGGAGUCAGCUUUAUGCCUAUGCAUCGCUGCUGGAAGAGAGGACGGCCCAGUGCAAGUCCCCUUCCCUCCUGGUGCAGAUGCUGCUGAAGGGAACCAACAUCUCUGCCCUGAAGGAGAAGGAGUUCCUGCUCGUGGUUAAUGCUAGCGGAGAAAUACAAAAAAAAACCCUGCUCAUAGAUGAAUCGGGGCAAGCCUCCUUUGAGCUGGACACCUCUGGUUGGAAUUACAAGGUCUCCCUGCAC